AUAUAGUUCGAGUCUGGUCUCAUUCAACAUCCACUCUCUUUCGACAGCCUUAGUGCGACGAAAGUCACGGUCUCGGGCUCCAUAAGACCCCAAAAUCCUCCACGCUGCAAGCUUCAAAGCUUACGACAUUCUAUCAAGCUCUAUUGAGGCGUCGUGUUGAAACAUAUAGAGCGACGGUGCUGACAGAAACAGGGGACGGCGCGCUGACCUCCGCCACUCAUCGAGCCCUGGCCGUGACAGCGCUUUUUCGGAGGAGCCACCGGCGUAUGCAACAAUGAGAAGCACCUCAAUGUUGACGUCAACAUCCUACAGUUGUAGCCUAGAAACCCAGAAAUGCUGCGCGCCCGCCGGGACGGUUGCCAGCCUCCGGCGACGACCAGGGCUGCGCUGCCACCUGUCGACGUCAUGCACCACCCAACCUGCAACCUCGCACCCGGCAGCAUGGAAGCGCGCCAGCGUGGUGACAGCGGCAGCAUCCGCAGCAGCGGGAGAGCUAGAACAUCCGGGCGCGCGGCCAAGGCCGCUGGAGUGGCUCAAAAACAAGCUCAGUUCCCCAUACGACCAGGAAAUAUUCUCUGUGGCGAUGCCUGCAUUUGCGGGUUUGGCACUGGAGCCGGUGGUUAGCGCCUUCAAUGCAGGCAUGGUGGGGCACCUGGGCACGCUGCAGCUGAGCGCCGUGUCCCUAGCCACCACUGCCCUCAACUCCUUCACCUUCCUCUUCUCCUUCCUCAUCUUCCUCACCGUGCCCGACAUCGCGGCGGCCGCGGGGAAGGGCGACGAGGACGAGGUGUCGCGGGUGGUAUGCCGCAGCAUCUGGGUGGCGCUUGCGUGCGGCCUCGCCACCAGUGCGGCCGUGUUCGCCAACGCCCCGGCCAUUGUGAACGCGCUCAACCCUCCCGAGCCCAUGGUGGCGGCGCUGGCCACACAGUACAUGCAGGUCCGUGCCCUGGGCAUCCCGGCCGCGCUGUUGGGCUUUGUGGCCACGGGCGUGUUCCGCGGCUUCAAGGACACCAGGACGCCGCUGCUGGGUGUGGCCACCUCCGUGGCUGUUAGCUUCGGACUGCACGUGUUGUUCCUCAAUGUGCUGCACCUGGACGUGUGGGGCGCAGCGGCGGCCUCGCUGGCGGCCUCUGUGUGCAGCUGCGCGGUGAUGAUGGGGCUCAUCGCCCGCUCCGGCCGCGUACGCCGCCGCCACCUGCUGCGGCCGCCCGCCUGGGCCGACGUGUCGCCGCUGCUGCAGCGCGGCGCGGUGCUGAGCUUCAAGAACAUGGUGGCAUUCGGCAUGAUCAUGUUCGCCUCCACGCUGUGUGUGCGCAUGGGCGCAGCAUUCCAGGCUUCGUUCGAGGUGAUCCGGCAGCUGUGGAUGCUGUCCAUGCCCAUGUUCGAGUGCUUCAACGUGGCAACACAGUCACUGUGUGCGGCGGCGCUGGGGCGUGAGGACCGCGUCACGGCUCGCGCGCUGCUGGGCCGCCUGCUGACCCUGGGCGUGGGCGUGGGCGCGGCAGUGGGGUUGGGCGUGUGGGCGGCGCACGGCCCCCUCAUCGACUUCUUCACCAGCGACCCGGCCGUCGUGGCGCACGUGAUGAUGUCGCUGCCCCUCAUCUGCAUCUUCUUCCCCAUCGAUGCCGCCGGCAGCAUCCUGGACGGGUCCCUGCUCGCCGCCAAGCAGUCCAACUACACAGCAGCCGUCCAGGUCGUGGGCAGUGUCGUACAGUACGGCAUGCUCAUGUACGUGGCGGCGGGCUCUGGAGGCCAGGUCACCACCCUUAGCAUCUGGCUCGCCAUCAAGGUGAUGUCGUUGAUGCGAUUCCUGGGCGGCGCGACGCGCAACUACGCCUCGCCCAAGAGCGCCUAUCGCCCGCUGCCGCCCGCGCCACCGACUGAGGACGACGAGCAGGCCUCACCGCUGGGUGGUGCCGCGGGUGGUGCCGUGGGUGGUGCCGCUAGCACGCCCCUGGCAGCGUCUGUGGCGACGGCGAGUGCCAGUGUUUCGGAUGGGGACGGCCUGGUGGCGACGGCUUCUGAGCUGCUGGAGAGCAAAGAGGGCCGGCAGCAGGGGGCGGCGCAGCAGCAGGGUCAGGACGUGUUCUCUCGGCCAGUGGUGGUGACGUUGGGCGUGGCAGCGGCGGCGGCAUCUGCGGCGGCGGGGUCAGCGGCGGGGCAAGCAUGAUCACUCCGCGCUGACCCGCUGCUGAAACGGUAUCUAUGGGUGGUGGUCGAUGAGUGAAUGAUGUGCAUGGAAGUGAAUAAAGCGAAUUCGUAUACGGUACAUGGUUAGCCACGUUCGCAGCGAUUCGGCAUUAGUUCUGCGGUCUGUGGGGUGUGGCUUCGGCUUUGGCGUGCCUUGUCCAAUUUUGAGAAUGCAGAUGCAUUUGUUAACCGUUCCUGCGUUCCGAUGUGUGCUCACGGGGCGUGCAGUGCGCUAUUCUUUGACAUGUUGCGGAGUUUCUGCCGUGCCGUACGGUCCUGCAAGAUGGCUUUCGAAGACCCCGCGUUUCACCACCGCGCUCACUCUUAAGCGCGUGUGACUUUCCUGAUAUAUUUAGGUACGCGCGUGUGUAUGUGUGCAUGUGUGUGUGUGUGUGUGUGUGUGUAUGUGUGUGUUUAUGUGUGUGUACGCGUGCGCGCAACAGUGGUGGAUCUGACUGACUCGGACUUGCAGCGCGAGAUGCCCUUAAUAACUCGGAGGCGGGGCGUGUUAGCGAAGCAAGGCGCAGCGAGGGUGGGAAGAGUUGCAGGGGUCUGUGCCCCGUGGCUGGAUUAUCGAAACCGCCACAACCUGCGCGUGCACGUGACGUGACGUGGCAAGCACGGGGCGCUGACAACCCAACACAAGCUUGCAGCGCCCCUGAACAUGAGGCUGGAAGGAUUCCAUGGUGUCGAUGUAUGGGAAUUUAUUGGUUUCAUGUUGCGCGCUACCUGACCAAUCCAGCUGACAGGUGUUGCAUGUGUGGAACUGUGGGCACGUCCGAUGGGCAUUGGUGGAGGAGUGUUUGGCAGUAAGCCUGAGGGCCACAAGGCUCAAGCGCAGCUGCUCAGGUGGGCUCAGGGAACUGCGGCAGCCUCUGAGGGCACUAGGCCCGCGGCUCUGUAACCGGGGUACUCU